UGCUGUGCUGUUGUUGUUGUGCUGGAAAUUUGCAUCCUUGCUAGAAAAGCAUUUGUUGUUUUGCUGCUGCUGCUGCUGUUGCUGUUGCUGUUGCUGUUGCUGAUUUGCAAUAUUUGCACUGCGUAUCGAAACGAUCCGAUAUCAUGGAGGAAGAGGCCAACACUUCCGCGGCAACGAUUAUGCUGAUGGGUACGCCAACGCAGCACGACUUCAAAUGGACGCACGAGCGGUGCAUGCUGCUGCUGCACGAGUACGAUCUGCUGAAGGACAAGUUUAAGGAUCGCAAGCACAAGAAGAAGGACCUGUGGGCGGAUAUCAGCUUGAAGUUUAAGAAGAUCUACGCGUAUGAUCUCGAGUGGGACGUUGCGUACAAAAAGUUUCGGAAUCUCAAACAAACGUUUGAACAGGUGAGAGCUAAACUGCAACAGCAAGCCAUUACCGGACAGUACAGCAAUCGUCCGAAAUGGCCGUAUUUUGAAAAAUUUCAACAAAUACUCGACGAUCCCGUCGUGACAUCGUACAGCUAUGCCGAUCAUCAUCAGCAGCAGCAGCAACAGAACCACCUGCUUCAUCACACCGACGAGCCAGAAGACGAUCAGCACCCUCAUCAUCAUCAUCAUCAUCAUCACAAACACAUGCAUCCGCUUCUGGAUCCACCCACCACCGGACAGGUGUUGGCCGGGGAGGAUUUCACGGAAACGCUCGUGACGGUUUUCCCGAUGGGCGAAGAUCUCGAAAUACCUGUCCAAUCUGCCGAGGACAGUGAGGACGACACGAAAGUGGACCCGAAGGAUAUAGUCGUCCAAACGGCAAUUAGCGAUGGAGAAGACGCGCAAAAGGAUGAAAAGCAUGACCACAUAGAAGGCGAUGUCGAAGAGAAGCAGGAAGACGAACCAAUUUUAGUACAGCAUGGUGAUGAUGAGCUGGAAGAAGCACCGCACAGGAAGCGUUUCCGGCGGCUCAGCGCCUACGAACAGGAGCGGUUAAUGAUCGAGCGUGAAAAGUUGGUCACGUUGCGCGAGAUUCAGCGUGGCAUCGAGUGCAAAAACGAUAUACUGCGUGGGAUAUUGCACGUGCUGCAGUCCAGAGUAUGGCAGGCGCAUCCGGCGAUGGAUUGACCGGGAGCUGGAGACCAAUUUCAAUGUGCAAAGUACAAAAAAUGCGGACAUUUGAAUGUAUGUGUGUGUUUGUGUUGUAAGUAGUUUUAUUGUAAAUUAAUAUUCAAUUAUCUACACCGUAUAAUGGCGCCAUUAGGUUUUUAAUAUUUCAUGCAAGAAAACGACGUGGCGAAAUACGAAUCAAACGAA